GUGAAAUCAUGGCUUGCUCAUGAACUUGGCGACAAACAUCUGGACUUGAAAAACAUCAAAAAUGUCACUGAGAUUCAGAAGCGACUCGAUACGUAUCAGAAACUCAUCAUUGUAAGAGAUCCACUGUACAGAUUAUUAUCAGCAUAUAUAAAUAAAUUAGAGCAUGAGUAUCCUUGGAAUCGGGGAUUUGCUAAAAUAUCGAAAUAUAUUCACCAACAAUUUGUAAAAAACGAAACAGGAAAGUUGGCUUCCUUUGGAGAGUUUGUUUUCCUACCUAACAGAAGAAAACGAUUUUUGGUGUGUGAGAUUCCUAAAUGUGGAUGUUCAAGCAUAAAGAAAUUACUUCUAAUCACGGAAGGUAUAGUUAAUGAGACAAAUCCACAGACAGUGAAAUCAUGGCUUGCUCAUGAACUUGGCGACAAACAUCUGGACUUGAAAACAUCAAAAAUGUCACUGAGAUUCAGAAGCGACUCGAUACAGCAUGAGUAUCCUUGGAAUCGGGGAUUUGCUAAAAUAUCGAAAUAUAUUCACCAACAAUUUGUAAAAAACGAAACAGGAAAGUUGGCUUCCUUUGGAGAGUUUGUUUCCUACCUAACAGAAGAAAACGAGUAUGAUAGACACUGGGAACUUUAUCACAAAUUGUGUUUACCUUGCUCAAUAUCAUACGAUUACAUUGCUCACAUUGAAACCAUUGAUGACGACAUGGUUGAUUUCAUGGAUAAACUUGCAAUUACAAAUAUAACGUUCCCCCGAAAUAACGAAAAGUCAAAACAGACCAACACAGACACAUUUGAACGAUACAUUGGUGAAGUACCAGAAAACCUAGUAAAAGGUAUACGCAAAAAGUAUAAGACUGACUUCGAUCUCUUUGGCUUCAAAUAG